CCAGCCUCCGCCCCCAGCAGUUGCCGCCGUUCUGGGGUCACUUCACGCGGCUUACCGAGCGUCAUUUAGCGGCGAGAAACACCGGAUACGAGCUCUGCUGCCGGGACCGAGACUUCCGUUAAGAAGCCUGGCGGGGGAAAAUCGUUCCAGUCGAUAUUUCUAGAGGCUGGCAUGUAGCAGCCCCGUGUGCAGGCUCUUACAGAUCCAAGGGUGCCUGGAAGGACUCACUAAUUAGAUGCUGAGGCUCAUUCAUAUCCCUCCCAAAGAUAGAGGUUUAACUCAGCUGAAGGAUUAAACCCACUUUGUCAUGCCAUGAUUGAGAGGCCACUGAAGACCUGCCAUUGCUGUAACUGCUGACACCACCUCAACCCAAAUCCAUAUCCAUCUGUGCCACAUAAACAAGCCAGCGUGCUGCAGUGGGGGGACUGAUCAUUUGCUGUAAAUCAUUAAAGGGUGACAGAUGUGUGACAGAUGUGAGGACAGGAAGUGAAGUUAAAGUGCUGUGGAAAUCUGUUCAGAAGCACUCCACCAUCUAAAAUGCAUGCAAGUGGCUGGUAAGCUGCUGCAUGAAAAGGCUGCAGGGCUCUCUGUAAUGAAGAGGCAAGCCAAGAAGGUGCAGGAGGAGGAGGCGGCGGCUUUGUGCUGCUGCGAAUACAUGAACAGACACGGACAACGCAGCCAUGUAGCAGCCUGCUGCUGUGACUGUGAGGACCUGGAUGACGCCUGUGACAGGUUUCUGAAGAGGGAACCUCAGAAGCCUGAAUCCCUGUCACAGGUGGCUGCAGUCGUCACAGAUCGGAUUCGUGUGCCGUGGCUGUGGGGUGGAGCUCGCAAGGUGGACCUGUCCAUCAUUCCUCCUCUUGUUCUCCUUCCUGCCCUGCUGCACCUCGCUGCUUUCCACUUCCUGAUUGGGAUGGUGGUUCUGACAGCUCUGCCGGGCUUAGUGCUGUGGUACUACUAUUUCACCCACCGUAAGAAAGGACAGACCCUCUUCUUCCUCAGCCUGGCCCUUUUCUCCUUGGCAUACAUGUACUACUUGUUCAUCACUGAGGUGUUUCCCCGUGGGGAUGUUGGACUGCUUCAGCUAGCGCUGGUAAGCGUCGGGGUCGUCCUCACCCUGCUGGCUCUUUUCCACACCAAGAGAGAUCCGGGCAUCUUACGCCCGAACGAAGAGUCCAUUCACAGCAAGGUGGCGUAUUACAGCUCCCCCACGGGCAGAAACCCUUCCCUCAAUGGGGGAAGGCAGGAUGUGAUGAUGACUGUAGCCAACCGGGCUGUGGCGUCGGAGCAGCAAGUGGAGGAGGAAAUGAAGGAAAGCAACCGAAAGAACUGGUGUCAGGCGUGCAGGGCGGUGCGGCCCCCCAGGGCGGGGCACUGUCGCAUCUGUGGUGUCUGCGUGCUGCGUCUCGACCACCAUUGUGUCUGGAUAAACAGCUGUGUGGGGCAGGCCAAUCACCGCAGCUUUCUGCUCACGCUCGUCCUCUUCCUGUUGACGUCCCUGUACGGAAUCAGCCUGGUGCUGCAGAGUGUGUGUCCACAGCAAAAUCUCCUCUUCGCCUUACUCUACUGCCCAGGAGUCUACAACCAGUACAGCACUGCUCUUUGCUUCACCUGUGCGUGGUACAGCAGCAUCGUGACGGGCGGGCUGCUUCACCUGCUGGCGAUACAGCUCAUCAACGUCAGCUACAACGUGACCGAGCGUGAGGCCCGCCUUGCCCUGCGAGAGAAAACCGCUCGCAGCGCCUGCUGGGGACUUGUCGUGGACACUGGCGUCUAUUCCCGAGGUUUCUGUGGCAACUGGUCUGAGUUCAUGAGCAUGGGAGACAAAGUGAUUCCCCCCUCUCCCACUGACUUGGUGUGAGAGACUUGUGAUGCAAUGCUGUUUCAAGUUUGGGAAUUGUGGCUGCUGGUGUGUUAGUGUCCACUGGAUGGCAGCAUGACUCCUUUUAACUGAUCGGACAUGCUGCUGGCAGCAAACCUCAGAGCUGCUACGUUUUUAACGUGCAACAUAUGGAGUUGCACUGACUUUGACACUUAGCAAUAACAACUACUCACGCCCAUAAGAUGCACAUACUGCCAUAAAUGUGAAGGACAUGCAGGAUCUCCUCUAUGCAGCUGGUCAUAUACGUCACCUCUGCCAAACAAAUAUUACUAGUCCUUCACGCUGGAUGUCUUCCUUGACUUGAAGGCUGACCUUAUGUCUCCCCUCCUUCGUAGUGCCUUGGUACGAGACAAUAACUCCAAUCUGCAGAUCCUGGUGGGGACAUUUUGUCUGAACACAGCACAAGAUGAUGCCUCAGAGUGCACAGAUAGGAUAUUCAAAGAGGCUCUCUAGGGCUCACUAUAACCUUUUCAUCAUUCACAAACAGACUGCACUUGACCUUACUCGGCCUUGUGAAACGAAUUCAUGGAUAUUUAUCACAACUAAUUGAAACAUUUCAGCACAGGCCAGAUAGGCCAGCUUAUUUGAAGUUCCACAGCAGCUGAUUGCUUAGUUAUUACCACACGGUUACUUUGACUCUUUUAAUCUGUUUCAAAACUGACUCAGAAAUGGAACAACUCUUAGAUAAAUGGAAAACGCAAAUGAAUCAAUAUGUUUGGCAUCAGUUAGAAAUGUUUUUCACUGCUUUUCACCGUGCCUGCUUUUGGUUCUCACAGGCAUUAAAGUUUGUUUGUUUUUUUUUUUUCCAAUAAUUGCUCUGGUCCAUUUAUGUGUUUCUGUGAAAAUAUUUUAUAAAAUAAAUAUAAGAAGUGUG